AUGACUCUGAAAGUGUUCUUGUUUCGCAGUUUUGAUAGAGUUGUGAAUGGCCUUGAAUCUGAUAACGAUGUUAAUUUGAUGCUUAUCUCCUUUUAUCUGAAGCAUGGCAAGCCACAAUAUCAUACUUGGAAUUCAAAUAAGAUUACAACAGUAAAGGUUGUUGGGUUAAUUGAAACCGAAAGCUUCCUUAAUGCUCGGUUUAAGACUGCUCGAGGUGCUGCGAGUUCGGUGUUUGAAUUUACUCUCGCAGAACUACCGUGCCUCAAUCCUUAUGAAUGGAUAUCUCUGCUUCAUAUCCUGCUUAAGGAUGAACAGAAAUACGAACCUAUUGUGCUAGAUCUCAAUACAAUGUUGGUCUCGUACAUCCAUGCAGUCGGAAAAAUAGAUGUAGAGAUUGCAUCAGUGCUCCGAAAGAAACCAAUUGUCAAACCUAAGGAAGCUUUGUUCGAUGUCUACAAGGUGAAGCUCGGAAAUAUUUAUAAAGAUGAUUAG